AUGGCCUCCGCACUCCGUCUGAGCCAGAGCGCUCUCCGCGCCGCCGCCCCCGUGCGGUCGUCGGCCCUGGCCGGCCUCCGCUGCUACUCCAGCAAGACGCAGUCGCUCAAGGAGACGUUCGCCGCCAAGCUGCCCGGCGAGAUCGAGAAGAUCAAGAAGCUCCGCAAGGAGCACGGCAGCACCGUCAUCGGCGAGGUCACGCUCGACCAGGUCUACGGCGGCGCCCGUGGCAUCAAGUCCCUUGUCUGGGAGGGCUCCGUCCUCGACUCCGAGGAGGGCAUCCGCUUCCGCGGCAAGACCAUCCCCGAGUGCCAGGAGCUCCUCCCCAAGGCGCCCGGCGGCCAGGAGCCGCUCCCCGAGGGCCUCUUCUGGCUGCUCCUGACGGGCGAAGUCCCCUCGGAGCAGCAGGUCCGCGACCUCUCCGCCGAGUGGGCGGCCCGCUCCGACGUGCCCAAGUUCGUCGAGGAGCUCAUCGACCGCUGCCCCAGCGACCUCCACCCCAUGGCCCAGUUCUCGCUCGCCGUCACGGCGCUCGAGCACGAGUCCAACUUCGCCAAGGCCUACGCCAAGGGCAUGCACAAGUCGCAGUACUGGGAGCACACCUUUGAGGACUCCAUGGACCUCAUUGCCAAGCUGCCCACCAUUGCCGCCAAGAUCUUCCGCAACAUCUACAAGGACGGCAAGGUCGCCCCCGUCCAGAAGGACAAGGACUACUCGUACAACCUGGCCAACCAGCUCGGCUUCGCUGACAACGCCGACUUUGUCGAGCUGAUGCGUCUGUACCUGACCAUCCACACGGACCACGAGGGCGGCAACGUCUCGGCCCACACCACCCACCUGGUGGGUUCCGCCCUCUCCUCGCCCUACCUCUCCCUGGCGGCCGGCCUCAACGGUCUCGCCGGUCCCCUGCACGGCCUCGCCAACCAGGAGGUCCUCGUCUGGCUCCAGAAGAUGAAGAAGGCCAUUGGCAACGACCUCAGCGACGAGGCCAUCAAGGACUACCUGUGGUCCACGCUCAAGGCUGGCCAGGUCGUCCCCGGCUACGGCCACGCCGUCCUCCGCAAGACGGACCCCCGCUACGUGUCCCAGCGCGAGUUCGCGCAGAAGCACCUGCCCGACGACCCCAUGUUCAAGCUCGUCAGCCAGGUCUACAAGAUCGCCCCCGGCGUCCUCACCGAGCACGGCAAGACCAAGAACCCCUACCCCAACGUCGACGCCCACUCGGGUGUGCUCCUCCAGUACUACGGCCUCACCGAGCAGAACUACUACACCGUCCUGUUCGGUGUGUCGCGCGCGCUCGGUGUGCUCCCCCAGCUCAUCAUCGACCGCGCCGUGGGUGCGCCCAUUGAGCGCCCCAAGUCGUUCUCGACCGAGGCCUACGCCAAGCUGGUCGGCGCCAAGUUGUAG